AUGAGGAUAACCACAGUGCCAAUGCUUCUGACCCUGGCUGUUUGUCUCAUACAAGAUGCUGCCAGUGAAGAUGUAAAUCAGGAAACAUGCAGUGAAUAUCGAGCAUUGAUGAAAAAUGGAAAACUGUUCUGUUCCCAAGAUAAAAAACCUUUUCAAAGUCCUGAUGGAAUAAUGUUUGUCAACAAAUGUGCUAUGUGCAAAAUGAUAUUGGAAAAAGAAGCAAGAUUCCAGAAAAGGUCUAGGCUUUUAACAAGAGCCUCCAGGGCUACUGCCCCAGGAAAGUUGAAUUGUGAUGAUUUCAAGCAAGGAGAAAGGGCUGGGGAUUUUAUCUGUACCCUUGGUGGUACAGCUGUCUGUGGCACAGAUGGGAAAACAUACAGUAACAGAUGUGCGCUGUGUGCUAUGAAUGCUGAAACCAGAGCUCAAGUUGGCAUAAAAAGCGAAGGAGAAUGUGAGAACAACAAGCCGGAACAGGAUAUAUGCAGUGAUUUUCGGCCUUAUGUGAAGGAUGGAAGACUUGGAUGCACAAGGGAAAAUGACCCAGUUCGUGGUCCUGACGGAAGGACGCAUGGCAACAAGUGUGCAAUGUGCGCGGAGCUUUUCUUAAAAGAAGCUGAAGAAAAUGCCAAGCGAGAAAAUGAAACUAGAAUUCGACGUAGUGCCGAAAAGGAUCUUUGCAAGGAUUAUGAAAACCAAGUGAGGAAUGGAAGACUUUUCUGUACACGGGAAAGUGACCCUGUCCGUGGCCCUGAUGGCAGGAUACACGGCAACAAAUGUGCCUUGUGUGCUGAAAUUUUCCAACGGCAAUUUUCAGAAGAAAAAAAUAAAGCAGAUGAAAUCUUGAGAAAGGCUAAUGAAAAAGUUAAAAGAGAUACUGAGAAACUGUGCAGUGAGUAUCAGGAUCGUGCCAAGAAUGGAGUACUUUUCUGUACCAGAGAAAACGACCCUAUUCGUGGACCAGAUGGGAAAAUGCAUGGCAACCUGUGUUCCAUGUGUCAAGCCUUCUACCGAGCAGAAGCUGAAGAAAAGAAAAAGGCUGAAGCAAAAGCAAGAAGUAAAAGAGAAUCUGGAAGAGCACCCUCAUAUGCAGAGGUGUGCAGUGAAUACCGCCAGUUUGUGAGAAAUGGGAAACUCCCAUGCACCAGAGAGAACGAUCCCGUCCAGGGCCCAGAUGGGAAGAUGCAUGGCAACACCUGCUCCAUGUGUGAGGCCUUCUUCCAAGCAGAAGAAAAAGAAAAGAAAAAGAAGGAAGGUGAAUCAAGAAAUAAAAGACAAACUGAGACUACACCUUCCUUUGAGGAGCUGUGCAGCGAAUACCGCAAAUCCAGGAAGAAUGGACAGCUUCUCUGUACUCGAGAGAAUGACCCCAUCCAGGGCCCAGAUGGGAAGAUGCACGGCAACACCUGCUCUAUGUGCGAGGCCUUCUUUCAGCAAGAAGACAGAGCAAAAGCAAAGGCUAAAAGAGAAGAUACAAAGGAACUCUGCAGUGAGUUUCGGAACCAGGUGAGGAAUGGAAUGCUCCUAUGCACCAGGGAGAAUGACCCUGUCCGUGGCCCGGAUGGCAAAAUGCAUGGAAACAAGUGUGCCAUGUGUGCAAGCCUGUUCAGACUUGAAGAAGAGAAGAAAAAUGUUGGCAAGGAAGAAAAGGAGAAAGCCGAGACUGAGAAAGUCAAGAGAGCAGCAGCACAGGAGCUGUGCAGUGAAUAUCGUAACUACCUGAGGAAUGGACAACUUCCGUGCACCAGAGAGAACGACCCCAUUGAGGGCCCCGACGGGAAAAUCCACGGCAACACUUGCUCCAUGUGUGAGGCCUUCUUCCAGCAAGAAGCAAAAGAAAAAGCAGCAGCUCAAUCCAGAAAAGCUAAGAGAGAAGCUGUAAAGGAUCCAUGCAGUGAAUUUCGGAGUCUUCUUCAAAAUGGAAAUCUUUUCUGCACUCGAGAAAAUGACCCCGUGCGUGGUCCAGACGGCAAGACCCAUGGCAACAAGUGUGCCAUGUGCAAAGCAGUCUUCCAGAAAGAAGAUGAAGAAAGAAAGAGAAAAGAAGAGGAAGAUCAGCAGAAUGCUGCGGGCCAUGGUUCCAGUGGUGGUGGAAGAGGGAAAGCUAAGGACCAAUGUGCUGAGUAUCGGGAAAAAAUGAAAGAUGGAAAACUCAGCUGCACUCGCGAGAGUGACCCUGUCCGUGACGCAGAUGGAAAAUCAUACAACAACAAGUGUGCCAUGUGUAAAGAGAUACUGCAAAGAGAAGCAGAGGAAAAAAACAAGCAAUCUGUCUACAGAUCAAAUGGGACUGAUUCCGCAUCAGGAAAGGAUGUAUGUGAUGAGUUUAGAAGUCAAAUGAAAAAUGGAAAGCUUAUUUGUACCCGAGAAAGUGACCCUGUACGAGGUCCAAAUGGAAAGACACAUGGUAACCAGUGUGCUAUGUGCAAGGAAAAGCUGGAAAGGGAAGCAGCUGAAAAGAAAAAGGAAGAGGAGGAAUACAUGAGAAACACAACCGGAAAGGACAAUGAAAAACAGGAUCAGUGUCAUGAGUUCCGGAAGAUGGUGAGAGACGGAAAGCUUAUUUGCACCAAAGAAAACAACCCUGUUCGAGGCCCAAAUGGCAAGACGUAUGCCAACAAGUGUGCUAUGUGUCAGAGCAUCUUUGAGCGAGAAGCUAAAGAAAGAAAAAAGAAUGAAGAAGAACAAUCAAGAGCCAAGCCCUCAAAUGAUGCAAAGGUUAUUUUUUAA